AUGCCAUCUCCACUCGUUUCAACCCUCUCAGGGGCUCUCCUGCUACUGGGCAACCUCCCCAAUGUCGUCGCGGAACUUGAUAUCAGCAGCGCAGACCGCAUCAAAGAAUCAUCACGAUCUCUUGCUAAGGACCUUAUGACGUUCUAUCAAGGCGACAAGCCUGGACAGACUCCAGGUAUACUUCCGUGGUCGUCUGAGGAUGUUAACAAAUACUGGUGGUACUUGAUCAGCAAGGCACUACAGUUCCAGGUUGGACCCGAAAACGAUUAUAUGCCCCCUAAUCAGACAGCUAGUCUUGGAAAUGAGGAUCAAUGUUUCUGGGGCACGGCUGCUCUUAUGGCUGCCGAGUAUGGGUUCCCCGAGGUGGAUGGAAAAGCGAGAUGGAUCGACCUUGCGAAGAAUGUGUGGACGACUCAAGCAUCGCCUGAUCGCUAUGAUGAGACCUGCAAUGGUGGCCUUCGCUGGCAGAUUCCAUUGUCCAAUAAUGGAUAUGAAUGGAAGCAUACGGCCUCCAACGCGUGUUUCUUCAACCUUGGAGCCCGGCUUGCUCGGUUCACUGGCAACACAACUUACUCUGACUACUCUGAUAAGAGAUGGGACUGGCUCACUGGAGUCGGUUUCGUUGACACUAGUAACUGGAAGGUCUACGACGGGGCACUGGCAGAGAACAACUGCACCCAAAUCGGCAAAGCUCAAUGGUCUUACACACCAGCCAUGCUCAUUCAGGGCGCAGCGUUCAUGUAUAACAACGCAGACUUUUUCCCUGACGGCGUCAUUUUCGAAUCGGCUUGCGAACCAGCUGAGGGUCGCUGUCCCACUGACGCCCUUUUCUACAAAGGAUUUGUGCACCGGUGGCUCUCCUCGGCCACUCAACUCGCCCCUUUCUUGGCAGACACAUGGCUUCCGGUCUUGAAAACUUCCGCUGAAGCUGCGGUCAAGCAGUGUGAGCCCGGAAAUUCGGAGAUCAACAAUCGCUGCGGCUUCUAUUGGACCAGUGGCAGAUUUGUCGACCCUAUGACGGCUGAUCACACUACGGGUAUUGGUGAAGGAUUAAGCGUUCUGGCUGCAGUCUCGAAUCUGCUCAUCAAGGAUGCCAAGGCACCGAUCGUUGAGGCUGCUAAAAGUGGCGGAAGCACUGGCAAAUCUCCUAGCGGCACGACCGGGGGGUCUUCGCCGACUUCGACUACCUCGACGACGGCUAAUCCAGGAUCAGGAGCUGGGAAACUUGAACUGUAUAUCAAAAUUCCUUUCCUCAUCUCAUCAUUCAUGCUUCUGGCUUGGCACCUCUGA